UUAUAGUUACGCUCCUGAAUUUCAAGGGGGGCGACGAGGUCAAAUCCAAACAGCUGUUUUACAACUCUUGCUUGUAUUUCUUAUUCAAAUAUUUACAAAAACGUGAUUUUUCCUUCUUCCAAAAAAAAAAAAAUAAUAAAUAACACCAUCCUGUAAUUUUUUUUCCAUUAUUUUUCCAUUGUGCUAUUAUUGAAAUUUAUCAAAAAAAAAAAAAAUAAAUAAAAAAAAUACCGGAGAAAACGUCAUGUAAAUUGGGGUCAAUACGUCGGGCGCGAUUGUCCAAUAAAAUAGUGUUGUGAAUUUUUUUUCUUCUUUUUGUCAUCGAAAAAAGGAAUCUUUGCUAAUAAUGUCAAAAAAUUGAACAAAUUCACUAGUUUUUUUUAUUCCAAAAAAAUAAUUUAAACAAAAAAAAAAAAAACAAACAAACAAACAAAAACUAAAAUAAAAAAAUGUGAAAAUUUUCUCGGCCAUAUUUUUUACUUUCCCCUCUUUGCAAUACUUGAAAACAUAUUUUUUUAACAGCUGGAAUGUUAAUAUUGUAAAGAAAAAUAAAUUUUUUUUUCAUAAAAAUGAUUAUUUUUUAAAAGUAAAAAAUUGUGUUGUAUUUUUUUUUGUAUAAAAUUCGGUCGUGAUUUUUUUUUUGACUUUUACUUCGGGAAACAUAAGGAAAUAAGAUUUUUUUUUUUAAAAGAAAAAAAAGAGAAAAAAAAAUGGCAGAAAGAUUAGGACUUGGAAGUGAAGUUCGUGAACUUAAAUUGGGACCAACAUUUACGAAUAAUAAAUCAACUGCGUUUCACACUGUUAAAUAUGAUUUUAAACCAGCGAGCGUUGAUGUUUCGAAAAUAGCAAUGGUCGAUGUGGGAACAAAUAAUACAAUGACUGUUACGGUGCCACAUUUAGAUGGUGCAGGAAUUCCUCACACUGUUUUUAAAGGUUCACAACGGCCACAUCACAAAGAAUGCGUUUUAAUAAUUGAUCAUGUAACUGGUGAAAUAACACUCGAGAAAUUAUCAUCAAAUAUUCAAGUCAAAAAAACACGAAUUGAAUCAAAACCACAGUCUCAUUUAAAUGUUCCUGGACCAAAUUCGGCAACACGACCAAUAACACCAGUUGAGACGAAAAAUAAUCCAACCGAUGGAAGAAAUAAUAGUAGGACAAAAGUAUCGACGGGAAAAAAAAGAGAACCAAUUCAAUUACAUCCAAAAACACACAGUCCAUUUAGAGCGUCAACUUAUCAUGGGAAGAGUCCUUCCAGUAAUCCUAUAGUAAAUAAUUCACCAGCUCAACCAACGUCACAAUCGACUCUCGCGAGUCUUCCAAUGAUUGGUUUUGAUAAUGAUGAUUUUUCAAUUAAACCACCAGCGCCAAAGCCGCCGGUAAUUCCAUCAAAAUCACAAAAUCCAGUGAAACAAUCGGAAUUUUCAAAAAUCGAAGGCGAUCUCAGUGUAUCAUCGUCGAGUAGCUCAAGUUCAGACAGUUCCGAUAGUGAAUCGGAUAUGGAAAAUGUUAUCGUCCCACCUCGUAAUGGCCAAGUUAAUGAAUUAACGUCACCGUCAAUUUUCAAAGCGGACAAUAUGUUAAAUGACGAUCUACAACUUUCAGAAUCCGAAUCUGAUAGUGAUUAAAAAAAAAAAAAAAGGACGAGGCAUUCCCAGAUGUUAUAUAUAUAUAUAUAUAUAUAUAUAUAUAUAUAUAUAUAUAUAUAUAUAUAUAUAUAUAUAUAAAUAAUAUAUCAAGAUUACGAAAAUAAUUCUCAUUUGUAUGAUAUAUUGAAGUUAAUUGAAUUUUUUUCAUAAUUUUGCCGCCGUCAAAAAAUCAUUUUUGAAAUGCGGACACAAAGAUUUUAUUUUUAUUCUCUCUCUUUCUUUCUUUGUCUUUUUCUCUCUCUCUCUCUCUUAAUAUUUAUAUAAGAAUUCUUCAAUUUUCAUAUUUUCCUAAUCAAUUAACUCACACGACAA